GGAAGAGCCGAUACCGAAGUUUGGCAGCAUCGUAUGCUGCAUGACGUAAUUGUCUGCUGUUUAAGGGUCUAUAGCCAAGAUGCCGGUUGUGAGGUCAAAGUUCGGGCUGACCAGCGAAACUUUGGGCAUGCCCCAGAAGGCUGUGACACCACUGGAACACAUCUGUGAUCUGGACAUUGACACAGAGCCCAACACUAACAGAAUGUCGGGGAUUGUCUGCACUAUAGGUCCUGCGUGCGAUUCAGUCAGAUGUCUGAGGACAAUGAUGGAGAAUGGUUUGAACAUCUGUAGACUUAACCUGGCUCAUGGUUCUUAUGAGUACCACGCUCUAGUAAUCAAGAACAUCAAGGAGGCGGCGACUUUCUUGUCCUCCCCGCGUCAAAUUGCCAUUGCUGUCGACAUCACCGGGCCGGGGAUACGGUUAGGAAAACUCCAAGUGGAACUGGGCAGUGAAGUUUACCUGAAGAAGGGUCACAUGAUCCGACUGACCAAUGACCUGACAUUCCGGGAUGAGGGGACACAGGACUGUGUGUUUGUGUGUAGACCUGUAGUUUGUACGUCUACAUUGUAUGUGUUUGUCUGUCAGGAACUGGGCAGUGAAGUUUACCUGAAGAAGGGUCACAUGAUCCGACUGACCAAUGACCUGACAUUCCGGGAUGAGGGGACACAGGACUGUGUGUUUGUGUGUAGACCUGUAGUUUGUACGUCUACAUUGUAUGUGUUUGUCUGUCAGGAACUGGGCAGUGAAGUUUACCUGAAGAAGGGUCACAUGAUCCGACUGACCAAUGACCUGACAUUCCGGGAUGAGGGGACACAGGACUGUGUGUUUGUGUGUAGACCUGUAGUUUGUACGGCUACAUUGUAUGUGUUUGUCUGUCAGGAACUGGGCAGUGAAGUUUACCUGAAGAAGGGUCACAUGAUCCGACUGACCAAUGACCUGACAUUCCGGGAUGAGGGGACACAGGACUGCAUGUUUGUGGACCAUAUCGAGCUCAUCGAGAAAACCAAAAUAGGAAGCCACAUUUUUAUCGAAGAUGGAACUACUUCACUUGUGGUGAAGGAGAAAGGUUCAGACUUUAUCAUCUGUGAGGUUGAUGAUGAAGGGAUUAUAGGAAGCAGACAUUACUGUAACAUCCCCGGUGUGUUACCAUGGAAACCAGAGCUGAGAUUGUGUUCAGACUUUAUCAUCUGUGAGGUUGAUGAUGAAGGGAUUAUAGGAAGCAGACAUUACUGUAACAUCCCCGGUGUGUUACCAGGUUCAGACUUUAUUAUCUGUGAGGUUGAUGAUGAAGGGAUUAUAGGAAGCAGACAUUACUGUAACAUCCCCGGUGUGUUACCAGGCAAGCCAGAGCUGACCAGAAAAGACAAGAAAGAUAUUAAGUUUGUUUUGGAUCACAAUAUUGACAUCAUCUUUGCUUCAUACAUCUGGAGUGCCACGGAAAUAGACGAGAUUCGCGAACGUCUCGGUGCAAAGGGACAGAAUGUCAAGGUGAUUGCCAAGAUUGAAAACUACGAGGGUGUACGGAGGUUUGAUGACAUACUAAAACACUCUGACGGAAUUAUGGUUGCUAGGGGUAACCUAGGCAUCGACAUCUCCCCGGAAAAAGUCUUCCUCGCUCAGAAAAUGAUGAUCGGCAAAUGUAAUAAGGCAGGGAAACCAGCUAUCAUUGCGACACAGAUGUUGGACAGCAUGACGAGGAACCCUCGCCCGACACGCGCUGAAGUUGCAGAUGUGGCAAACGCUGUCCUCGAUGGUGCGGACUGUGUGAUGCUGGGGAAAGAGACAGCCAUGGGGAAGCAUCCAAUCAAAACUGUCAAAACUAUAUUAAGUAUUUGUAGAGAAGCGGAGUCGACGGUGUUCCAUGAGAAAGUGUUCCGAGAACUCCGGGAGGAGAUCACGGGCCCGACCGGAAGCACCCACACCACUGCUGUGGCCGCAGUGGAGGCCGCAUUCAGAUGUCAGGCCACAGCCAUAUUUGUUAUCACAUCUACUGGACGCUCUGCGGCGCUCCUGGCUCAGUACAGGCCUCCCUGUGUUAUCGUCGCGGUGACGAGGAGCAGUCAGGUUGCUAGGCAACUGCACCUACAUCGUGGAGUGUUCCCAGUCUUCCAUGAUUUUACACGCUCGCCUGAUUGGAUGACAGACAUUGAUCACCGAAUCACACGCGCUGUCAUGAUUGCCAAAGACCGCGGAUAUGUCAAACCCAAUGACGUCAUCAUCUUGGUUACGGGGUGGACAGCGGGAGCGGGAUCCACGAACACAGUGCGAGUUAUCAACCUGAUGGAGGAGAUAGAACAGCAGACGUUCAUGUCAAGUCGUCAUCUGAAAGCGCCCUCUACCAUGGCCCGCGUCCAAUCCGCGGACAUUCUGUGAGAAGUUUUGGACAUUGUCAUAUGGAGCUCUUUUGUUGGUAGUCUUGUGGUCACUUUCACGGAAUUUGAAAUUUCUUGCCGCACUUUGCCAUAAAUGAUGUUCAGUUGGUAGUGUCAGAAAGCCAAGCGGUUUACGAGAAAAGUCAGGAAAGAUUAACAAACAAACAGCUAUGAAAGUGGCCCUGGUUGGUGUCCUCAUAGCCAGGCUCAGACAAGCUUUGACUUAAAUCUUUAGUGUAGAUAACUUUCUAGGUGAAAUUAAUGUCAAACUCAAAGGUGUUCCUUUAAAAUUUUGAGAGGUGAAAGGUUUAUGUAGGGUGAAAGAUUUACUGUAAAGGUUUUGAUAAUAGUGUUGGAAUUUUUACAUGAUUUACAUUCAUUCUACGAGUUGAGGUUCACUCGUGUAUGUAUGGACAGUCAAAGAUGGUAAACAUCAUUGUUUUGUCUCCAUGUGCCUUUGGAACAUUAUGAUGUCAUUUUGACACAGGAACCUUUGCAUGCAGCCAUGUAGUGUUACGUACACAUAACUACCAUGGCAACCACUACUACCAUGGCAACCAUUACUACCAUGGCAACCAUUACUACAUGAAGUACAUGGAUGUGGCAGAAAUUAACAUGCGUAUAAUGGUAAGAUGGCUUCAUGCGGGUUUGUCCUAACCAAUAAGUCUGACAUCCAAAAAUAUGACACGUAUAUUUACACACACAAAAAUGUCACACAGAUAUCUACACUCACAAAAAUGUCACAGAUACACACAAAAAUGUCAGAUAUUUACACGCACAAAAAUGUCAGAUAUUUACACACACACAAAUGUCACACAUAUACACACAAAAAUAUAUUUACACCCAAAAAUGUCACACAGAUAUCUACACACACAAAAAUGUGACAGAUAUUUACAUACACGGAAAUGUAAUUAAUGUUGCACAUUUUAACACUUUGGUGAGUAUUUAUUAUGCCCAUAGAGAAUCUUUGACCGUUUGUUGGCCGGUAAAACAAGCAAAGAAAUAAAUUUGCUUGAUAACCUGUAAGCGACAUCUUUGAAUUCGGAUCUCCACUGCUGCCACAAAGGCUUACUCUCUUUUUCCACUGUUUUCCAGUGCCAAAAUCUGUCCGGCUUGCUGUUGAGGUUCCUGGUUGUAGGUUCUUGAUAAAAACCCUACACGCAAAAUGAAUAAUAACAGUGUAUAAUAAACCUGUAUUUAUUGAGUGUAGUAAAACAUUCCAUAUUAUAAAAAAAAAAAAAAAUGGAAGGGGUCUAAGAGCGCCCAGUACUGUAAGAAUGGGAAUGUUUUGUUUGCAAGAGGAACUCACCAAUGUAUAUGGCCUGAAAAAUCCUCCAAAAUGAUCUUUUGACGCAGAUAGAACCAUAAAUUAUUACUUUUGGUGCUGAGUUUUAUAUUUUCGUGUUCAGAUGUCAUCCUACCUUUCAAACAAACCUCAAAACAUUUGUCUAUGGUCAGUGAACUCCUAGAAUCAGUCAGAAUGGGACGAAAUUUGAGGUGAAAUACGGUAGGUCUUGCAUCAUUUGACAGCGUGGUUUAUCACCUGAAUUCUUUUGUCGGAGAAUUACUGUACACUCUUAGAACGACCUAGGAGCUUUGUUUUUCCAGAGUACAAGCGAAUGCUCAAUUUCCUUUUUUAUUCCAAAUUUAAGUACUAUAUGACGAUUACAUAUCAUUUGCAAAUGUGAACCACGUUAUGCAAAGCCAUAUGUCCUUUGUGUGACGGACAGACGCCAUGUUUUUGGGGAUAGUUCACCAUUUCUUCUGGGAACACAGAGAUACAGGAUUCGUUCUUGUACUACCAUGGCAAGUCACUAGCUUGCCUCUAGUUCACCUUUAGCUGGUGUCUAGCUUUCCACGGUUGUCCCAAUAGCCUACGUCUACUGUAACUUGUAAAAGUGUUCUCUAGGGAGUAAUAAUUAACUGUGCAAAGCUUCUCUGCACAUUUUCUUCACAGACAAGAAACCCGAGUCCACACAGCCAGCGUUAAGUAAAAAUUUAAAAUUUGAUUAAAAUUUUGUUUCCCUUUGAUGUCAUGAGAGGUAUCUGGAACAAUAUGAAAACCCUUGGAUGGUAAAUUGCUCACUGCAUUGAGCAUUACAAUUUGAUUUCAACCAAAAAUGUUUUUGAAAACAACCUCAGAGACCUGAGAUUUUUGUCUGUUUGGUAGGAGUACAACUCAUGUCUUUUUUUUUAAGCAAACAUUUUCAAGAAAAUGUUCUGGAUUUAGCUUAGAGGUGCAAUAACAUGGCAAAACAAAGUGAUGUCAGAAGUAGUCUCCUGUUUUUCAUACCUGUGCUUGCUUUGCUCAGUCAGCACCCAAGCAAUUUCUUCACACCGAGUACCCUGUUUUCUGACUAGUCUUUUUCUAUGUAAAGACAAUCGAGGUGAAAGAAUCAAGACGUGUAUAUACAACAGACAUUCCUGGGGUUGUAGACACUCGGCAAGUGGAAGGCGUGAAGAAGGGCUUCGUUACGACAAAAAUCGAUUGUAGCUAAACGUCUUCAACGUUACAAUGUAUCGGUUUAUUUUGUAAGGUCGCGCGGUCUUUAAUGUGACGUCAUAAUGAUGAGCUGAGAAAGGAACAUUUUACGUCAAGGUCCAGGUGGCUGGUGUUUGACAGGUCCCCAUUGUAACAAGGUGGGCCAAUGAUUGUGCUAUGAACGAGUAAAGAUGUUCGUAGUAUGUUAGAAAAAAGGCAGGAGACAUAGCAGUUCAUUUUGCAUGGGAUGUCUUCUUGAAACACUUGCAUUUUUUGUGUAUGUUAAUAUUAUCAUUGAUAUAUGAAACAUAAAUCGAAAUGUAAGGUUACGUCUUUCAUUAAGUAACCUCAAACUUUAGGACAAUUACAUGAAAACUUGUAACGUAAUCAGGAAAUAUUCUUUAUGAUUGUUAUUGUAAUAUGUAAAAUUAUUGCCCUUGUAAAAUCACAUGGUCAAGUGGUAAUAGUUGAAUGGCAAUCUACAUCGAUUCUACAUGGUACUAAUGACAUUGUCACUUUAGUCAGUUAAAAUUUUUGUUCUAUGAGCAGAGCCAUUCACGGUCCGAGAAGGGCUUUAAAAAAAAUAAUACUGAAAAAUCAUCUACUUUGUGAGAAAUGUGAGCUCUCCCAGAAAUUGUUCAUGAUAAAAGUGUUUAUGUGAUUUGAAAAUCAUAAAAAAAUAUAUAUAUGAAGAUGGGACAAAAUGAAAAGGUUGAUUUUAAAUUUUAUUUUUAUUCCAUUGUUAGAUUUUGAGUGUGAGCUUGCCAGUAAAACACGAACUAAAAUUGAUGUUUCCUCAGACCACUUUGAGAUGCAAACCAGUCCAGGAUGUGAAUAUCUAGCAACUGCCUUGUUCUCGUCUGAAAGCAAAUUAAGGUCAGUGGUCUGGCCGUAAAAUAUGUUAUUUGUAUGUCUGUGUUCUAAAACAUUUGAUUUACUUGGCUGCGGCUCAAUUUAAAUGGCAGUGAGAGUGGAGAUUUUCCAGCUAUUUUUCUCAUGACUCCUUAACUGUUAAUUGUUAAGUUUGACUCCCAAACUGGUGCUAAUUGUGAAGUUUGACUCCGAAAUAGGUGUUAAUUGUGAAGUUUUACUCCCACACUGUUGUUAAUUGUGAAGUUUGACUCCCACACAGGUGUUACACAUGACUGUUUGUAUGACAAACGUCUCUCAUUUAUGUAUCAAAUGUUAACUCUAAUAUUCCAGUGUAGUUCGUCUGACAAACGUCUCUCAUUUAUGUAUCAAAUGUUAGCUCUAAUAGUACAGUGUAAUUCGUCUGACAAACGUCUCUCAUUUAUGUAUCAAAUGUUAACGCUAAUAUCCCAGUGAAGUUCGUCUGACAAACGUCUCUCAUUUCUGUAUCAAAUGUUAAUGCUAAUAUUCCUCUGUAAUUCAUCUCACAAAAAUUUAAGAUUUAUGUAACAACUCUUAAUGCUAAUAUUCCAGUGUAAUUCGUUUGACAAACGUCUCUGAUUUAUGUAUCAAAUGUUAACGCUAAUAUACCCCAGUAAUUCAUCUCACAAAAAUUUCGGAUUUAUGUAUCAAUUGUUAUCGCUAAUAUUCCACAAUAAUUCGUAUGACAAACGUCUCUGAUUUAUGUAGCAACUGUUGAUGGUAAUAUAUCCCAGUAAUUCGUCUGACAAACGUUUCUGAUUUAUGUAUCAAGUGUUAAUGCUAAUAUCCCCCGGUAAUUUGUCUGACAAACUUCUCUAAUUUUAUGUAUCAAGUGUUAAUGCUAAUAUCAGUAAUUCGUCUGACAAACGUCUCUGAUUUAUGUAUCAAGUGUUAAUACUAAUAUCCCCCAGUAAUUCGUCUGACAAACUUCUCUAAUUUUAUGUAUCAAGUGUUAAUGCUAAUUUCAGUAAUUCGUCUGACGAAUGCAACAACUGUUGAUGGUAAUAUCCCCCAGUAAUUCGUCUGACAAACGUCUCUGAUUUAUGUAGCAACUGUUGAUGGUAAUGUCCCCGAGUAAUUCGUCUGACAAACGUCUCUGAUUUAUGCAACAACUGUUGAUGGUAAUAUCCCCCAGUAAUUCGUCUGACAAACGUCUCUGAUUUAUGUAACAACUGUUGAUGGUAAUAUCCCCCAGUAAAUCGUCUGACAAACGUCUCUGAUUUAUGUCAGAAACGGUCAAUGUAAUUUGUCUCGUAGACCAGGAAGUCUUAUUUAUAUAUACAAAUUGUGGCUAAUACAGUAGCCUAAUUCCUCAGAUAAAAUUCCUCAUUUUAUCAACAUAGAAUGUUGUCCUCAGAAAUUGCUUGAAUUAACACCGGGCGCUAACCAACUGUGACGCAAAGGCCCCCUCGACCGGGCAAGCAUGCGAAAAGGGUGAAGAAUUACAGUUAUUUGUUAACAAACAAAGCUUAAGCUUAAGUAACAAACAUCUAAGGUAAAUGAGGAAUUACUGAUUUUUGUUUUGCAGUAGUCAAAUUUAUGUAAUAUGCAUGUAUUAUUACUGAUGUGCAGCGGUAAAUUGUCUUACAAAACUCUCAUAUCAAUGUUGCUUAUUAUUUGUACAAAGUCCUGAAGUAAAUGUCUUAUUAUUAGUCUCUGGUUUAUUGAUUUAUCAACAUCAUUUUUUUUUUAAAUGAAACAAAAUUAGGUUAAAAAAUAUGUUAAUUAGGAAUUAGCCUGUUUUGCUGUAAAACAUUUACCUUUGAAUUAUAUUUUUUCUUAGCGGACAAGAAUUUUUGCUGAUUGAGACUUAUAAUAUGAUCCUGAACAGAACAUGUUAUCUCAGUGGUUUUAAAGAUCUAUAUAAUAUGAUCCUGAACAGAACAUGUUAGCUCAGUGGUUUUAAAGAUCUAUAUAAUAUGAUCCUGAACAGAACAUGUUAGCUCAGUGGUUUUAAAGAUCUAAUGCGUUCCACAUCGUUGAACAAAGAUUUUUUCCUUCUUGGCUUUGCUUUGUUUAAGUUUGUAGUAAAGAUACUUUUUUAAAAAUUUUAUGAACGUGCUCAAAGUUUGUAUAGGGCGUGGGUUUAAAACUGCAUAUUAUUACGCCUAUAUGUACUGUUAACACAUUAAAUAAAAUAAGGAUCAAAAAUAGUAAGUACUGAUAAUUCCAUGAGGUUGACCAGGUAACUGAUUACGGUUUGCUGUUUUUACCCAAGGGGUAGGAAACUGUUUUGCUUGAUAGUCUUACUCUGUCAUUUCUUGCUUGUUUUUUCCACCUUUUUUAUUGUUUUCUUUUUUUAUUAUUGCAUGCCAUGUUUUUGGUGGACUGUGUUGUGCACUACUCUUUUGUUCUGUCUUAUCAUUAUCGUGUGGGUGAAUCCCUAAAUUGUAACAGAAGCCUGUUACACAAGCCUGUUACAAGACCUGCAUUUCUUUAGUUCCGAUCUCAAGACUGAAGCUUCUAAUAUGAGAUCAUAACAUGAACAAAUGUCUUAUCGUGCUUACAGCCAGAACCUUGUCGAACUGCACAUCUAAACUUACUAUUAUACUCUGUAUGCAUAAAAAGUGCUUUGAUAAUAAAAUAUGUAUGAAGAAAACCA